AUGCCAGGAGCUUCAGCGCUACCAGAGGAGUUACUCGCACUCAUAUUCUCACAUUUGAGUGUAUCUAAAACCCUUUGCGACGACGCCAUUGACCGGAAUCAUGGAGACAAACCUCAGGAUUACGCUGGAACUCUGAGUACACUCGCCUCAUUGUGUCUGGCGAGCAAGCAAUGCUGUCGCCUAGCUCGUCCGCUAUUGUACUCCACGAUUUACCUGGAUGGAGGUGUCGACCCUGCUCAAGGACAACACAGACUUCAGAAGCUGGUCCGCACAUUGGUGUACCAACCCAUGUUUUCCAGCUACGUCGCUAAGCUCUGGAUGGGUGCCAUGUUCUCGUCAUGCGAACAAUGGAACGAAGAGGACUCCGCGGAUUCAUCUCACGAGUCGUGGGAUCUACCCUACGAAGAUGUAGUGGAUUCUUCUCGCGCGUUCGAUCAAGAUGAUCUAUCUCGCCGGGACCUGCUCGACAGCCUGCGGGACGGCAACCAAGAUGCACACGUUGCACUCUUGCUUGCUUUAUGUCAAGAAUUGAGAAACUUAAGCAUUACGUUGCAUCGGGGCUUCUACGACACGAGGUGUUUUACCAAUCAAGUUCUCUCAAACUCAGGGCGUGGCUUGGACCCAUCUAUCGAGAGUACUAGCUUGGCGCUAUCUUCGCUCAGAGUACUCUCGAUGCAUAAAUCCCCAGAUGCAAACGAUAUGUUCUUCUCCAAUAUAACAAACGAACUCCAGCUUGUUAGCCUGGAAGUUUUUCACGGGUCUGGACUCGACUGCACCGCGGAGAACAUGGAAUACGACAACUUUGUAUCAAACCUCAGACGCAUCGACUUGGAUGAAUGUAUCGUCGAUGCCGACGGCCUCAAAUUGAUUAUGCAAGGAUGCUCCAAACUGGAGGACCUUGCCGUAGUCUGGGCUGACAAUUGUGAAGUGAAUUUUGCUGACAUCGGCACGCAUCUCGGGCGAUAUGGAAAGUGUCUGAAGAAGCUCGCCUUGGAGCAGUUCGACUUCAACGGUGAGGGCGGAGGGCUUGGUGACCUGUCGCAAAUGACAUCAUUGAAGACCUUGGUSGUUGUCGCCGACCUCCUCGUCGGUACCACUGAUCGGACUGACAUAACACUGCCAAAGUCUCUUGAAUCUCUGGACGUGGAUCUUGCCGGGUUUCUGCUCGACGAGGACUUUUGGCAGCAGCUGCGCGCGGUCGCAGAACGUGGGAAAUCGCACAAUCUUCAGGUAAUCAAUUGUGGUAUGGGUGGGGGCAGGAGAAAGGAGAAUUUCUGGAACAAGACAGCCGGAUAUCAGGUCGAAUUCCCAAUCGAUGCAUGA